UACCAGCAUACGUCUCAACUUUUCACUAUUUAAAACUUUGUGGAACAGUGUAUCCUUGUGGAAUAUAUAGCACAAAGCAUUUACUUUCCCAUGAAGGACCUUUUAUCCUUUUGUGUUUUUUUCAUAAUCCACCAAGAAAAAAGAUGUAUUCUGCAAUGGAACCAUCAGAGAGUGAGCCCUGUCUUUCUAAUAGUACUCAGAGCAUCUUCCCUUAUGCUCCAGAGAAUCCCCCAUUUCCAAACACACCACUGCAAAACAGGGAAGAAAACAAGCAGGUUGUUGUUGAAGAAGAAGAUGAAGGAGAUCAAAAAGACAUGUUAGAUCUAAAUCUCUCCAGUGAGCUCAAUCUCAUUGGUUGCUUGGAGGCGGAUUCAUCUCAAACCCCAGAAGAAAUCCCAGAAACCCCACAAGCUUCUUCUGCCGCUGAGCCGCGAGUAUUUUCAUGCAACUUCUGUCAAAGAAAAUUCUACAGCUCACAAGCACUUGGAGGGCACCAAAAUGCCCACAAAAGAGAGAGGACUCUGGCAAAGAGAGGCCAAAAGAUAGAGGCACAAUUUCUGGCUUCUGCAGCAGCUUUUGGGCACCCUUUCCUCCACCACCACCACCAGCAGCAGCAGCAGCAGCACUAUUCAAGUGUGGCAUCUCUUCCUCUUCAUGGGGCUUACAACAGAUCCCUUGGAAUUCAGGUGCAUUCAGUGAUCCAGAAGCCAUCUCACAAAUCAUAUUCUGCAGGGUUCUAUGCACCUCGAGCCUCAUCAAGAUCCCUCAUCAACCAACAACCAGGAGUUGGUAGAUUUGAUUUGGUAAGAACGAUGAAUGGUUCUCCAGCAGAUGCUCAACUUGGUGGAUUCUGGUUGCCAGCUAGUGCUGUUUACAAGACUAACCAAGAGCAGAUGAAGAAGCUUGACUUGUCCCUCAAGCUUUGAUAGAAAUUUUCAGCAAUUUUAUCGUUCGAAUUGCUAGAAAGUAUCUAUAAAACCCAUUUAUACGAGCAAGAAGGUCAACGUUGUAAAGGCUGUCUCAUAGUUAUUGUCCAGAUUGCUAAUUGUUAGCAAUCUGCCCAGCAAAUUGCCCUGAAUCCCAUCUUUAUUAUCUUUUUUUAAUCUUCACUCUUGUUUGUUCAAAUUUUCUUUUCACCAAUUGCAGUAAUAUAGUGUAGAGAUUUGCUACUGAAAGGAUAAUAAUUAUUAUUUUUUUAA